UCCAGCUCAGCAGCAAGGUGCCAAGGUAGCAAGCUCUCGGUCGCCACUACUGCAAUGGAAGGCCUGAUUCCGUUGGUGUACCGGACCAUCGUGGAGUACAGGAAGGCGAGGCACCAGGUCGCCAUCGCAAGCCGCCUGCUGUACGGCGACCACCAGCAGCAGCCGUGUGGUUCGUCGGCGCUCUUCCGCGUCGUUGACCCUGCAGCAAGCAGCAGCAGCUGGCACGCCGCGUCGUCGUCGAUGUCCCCGGCCACGUCGCCGGCGGCAGCCAGGGCCAGCGGCAGCCUGGCGUCGCCGCUCCUCCGCUCGGCGUCGCGCCGCCAGCUCGCAGGUUAGUCUGCUGCUCGUGAUGGGCAACAAGUUCGAGUGGUGCUUUAUGGUAUGCGAGGCACUGCUUGGGGUUGGGGUGUACAAGACUACAAGUGUACGUAUUACGUACUAUUAUACCAGGUAUAUUAAUAAGCCCUAGAGAGAGAGAGAGGGAGAGAAAAAAGGGUUUAUUUUGAAGAAUAAGGGCAGAGUCAGAGGGUGGUCCAAAGGAGCGCCUCAACUGAUGAGAAGAGAAGGCAAAGCUUCUGCUUCAAGCCCAGCUGGUGGUUGUAUACUGUGCCUGUACUGUAAUACUAUCCUGUAGCUGCUGCUCUAGUAGCGGCCAUGUAUUCGUAUUGUGUACGUGCUACAGGUUCCCAGCAACUGAGCUUGUCGUUCAACUGCACAUAUACAUAGCAAAUAAGGAUGUGCUCAACCUACUCAAUUGUAUAU